AUGUCGAUGAUGACUGCCCAAGGUUUUAAGGAUGUUGGCUGCGGUAAAACUUCCGCCGAGUUGGCGUCCUUCGACUUGGGGGCAAACCCCCUUCGGGUGAUCGGAGUGCUAUCGGGCCCCCGGCCGAAAACCUCUCCGAUGGAAACGAUCGCACCAAUAGCCUCAAAAACAGGUGGACGAGGUGGACCAUGCCAGCAAAUCAAAGCAGACCUGACCGCCUGUAUCCUUCGGUCUGAUUGCGUGCUCAAGCCACCCUAUCGGACACCCAAAGAAUGCCUCCAAUCUCACCUCGAUGAACUCCCUGCCGAAUGUUCUCAUCUGCGAUAUGCUUUCUUCGACUGCAAGCGUGGUCUGCUCGACAUGAGGAAACGUUUUCGAGGUUUAGACCCAAGCCAAACUGCCACUACACCUCCGAACUCAAGCUCUUGA